AUGUUAGAUGAACAGACAGAUUUAGUUGUUGGUGUUGGGGAAUUUGGGAACACAGAAACAGAUGUUCGAUGCGGGAAGGCAAAAAGUAUAGGUACUGUACAGGCGAGACAUUGAGAGACGGCAGAGAAAAUUAGCUGAUAAAAAAAUGAUAUUUUUAAAGAUACACCGAAAAUUUGUCAAUUAGUAUCAUUUUUUCAUCAAUUCGCCAGACAGCAAUAUUUAUGGGGGAAACUACGAAACUUCCUUUUAUUUAGCAAAAAAUAGACGAGCGGAAAUUAUUUACGAAACAAAAAACACUAAAAAACCAAAAAGUCUGGUUUUUUCGAUUCCCAAAAAAUUCAUAAAAAUUCAAAAUUGAUAAUAAAAUUUUUGAUGGCAGCUAGAAAAUCGAUACGGGCAGGCAGGACAAUUCAAAAAACUUUGUUUAUUUUCUCGAGUGAACGAGAAAAAAAAUGAAAAGUUGUUUAAACAAAAUGGAUCCAAAAAUAAAAGAGGAGAUUUUUUGACAAAAAAUGAGAAUUUUCGAGGAAAUGGAAAUGAUUUUUUGGAGCCGAAUAUUACGUCAGAAAAAUGAUUUUUUGAAUCGAAUUUGAAAUUUAGUAGCUAACAUAAAAAUAGAAUUUUCAAAAGCUAGGGUUUUAAUCAAAAAUACAUUUUGAAUUUUCUAGAACAAUUUUUGGGUACAAAAAAUACACCGGUGCCGCCUCAAAAACUUAAAUCCAAUUUUUACUCCCAGGUGAUUAAUUAAAAAUGCAUUUUGCAAGAUCGUGAAAUGUAGUCAUGUUUUGAUUAUAUAAAAAAAAUAAUUAGACAAUUCCCAGGUGAUUAAUUUGGCAGCAAGAAAGACUUCCAAAAAAUUACACAACAAUUAAUUAACAAGAUUUUACAAAAACUCAAGUUAUUAGAAAAAUAAAAAAACCAGCUGUUUCGAUUCAUAACAAAUCAAUACUGCAAAAUAUUCUUUCUUUUAUUUUGUUUAUGAACAAAAAGAAGAAGAAGAAAGGAAAGUUCAACGUUGCCGAAAGAGAGAAUAGAGACGCAGACACGAAAGUAUAGAAAAUGUCAGUCGAUAUAAAACAUUGACGCACAAUUUACAACAGUACUGUAUUUUUUUAUUUUUGAAUAUUUAUUUUGUAAAUAAUUAGCUCCAAUUUUUAAAGGUUUGUGAUUUUUUUUUUCAAAAAAAGCUAUGGCAAUCGGAUAAAUCUGUGAAGCAGAAAGAUUUGUUCUUCGAUAAAAUUUAAAAAAAAAGAACAAAACAAAAUAACACAGCAUAGCAAAAAUAGAAGAAAAUAAAUACCAUAAAAAAUCGAUAAGAUAAAUAAGGGGCCAUAACAUAUGUCAUGUCUGCGUCUCUUCUCUCUCAUCUGGCACACAGCACACAUUGUAAUGUCCUCCCAUCCCACAACAAAUCUUAUAUCUCCAAAACGCCUACACUUUUAUUUUUUAAAUGUUUCAAAAAAAAAUUAAUUUAGAAAUUUUGCAGAAAAAAUGCCGAAGACUGAAAAACGGAAAGAGGAAAGCACCGAAAUCGAACAUGUCGAUCGAAAUAUUUCCACUUUUUCGCAAAUUUCGCAUUUGAGUUAGUUUAAAUUAUUCGAAAUGGGUUUAAAAAUUUUAUUAUUGUUUCAGUCGAUGCUGAAAAUAUCACGAGAUUAACUUUGAGUCACAAUAAAUUGACUGCGGUUCCACCAAACAUUGCUGAUCUCAUCAAUUUGCAUGUGAGUUUUUAUUUCAAAUUUUUAAAACAAAAAUAAUAAAAAAUCGAUUUUUUUGCAGACUUUGAAUCUCUGGAAUAACAGCAUUGAAGAAUUGCCACCAUCGAUUUCAAGUUUGCCAAAACUUCGGAUUCUUAAUUUAGGGUAAGAGUAUUUUUUUUUUGACUGCUGAAAUUUAAAUUUAAAAAAAAGUCGCGAGGUGGACUUUUUUUCAUUUAAGGUUUCCUGAAAAUCUAGCCAAAAUUUCAAAAUUCAUUUAACUAAAGCCUGAAAUAAUUUAACCCAAAUGAAAAUAUUCCGCGAGAAGUCCACACAAAAUAGUACCAUAGAGCAAACUUGAUGAUUGUCUCCCAAUUUUUUUCAAAUCCGAUUUUUUCUAGCAUGAAUCGAUUGUCGAUUUUGCCACGUGGAUUCGGAUCCUUUCCAGCGCUCGAAGUUCUCGAUUUGACCUACAAUAAUAUCAGCGAACGAUCGUUGCCAGGCAACUUUUUCUUUAUUCGUAAGUGAAAUUUAUAAUUAAUUUUCCAAAAAAAUCUGUAAAAUUUUUCAGAAACCCUUCGUGCAUUAUAUCUUGGAGAUAAUGAUUUCGAAAUGUUGCCAGGAGACGUGGAAAAUCUCAUAAAUUUGCAAAUUCUUGUUCUGAGAGAAAAUGAUUUGUUGACUUUGCCAAAGGAGUUGGGAAAACUCAGCAGAUUGAAUGAAUUGCAUAUUCAAGGAAAUCGAUUGACAAUGUUGCCAACUGAAAUUGGAUAUUUGGAAUUGAUUGGGCAAAAAAAGACAUUGAGAUUAGAGCAUAAUCCAUGGAUUCCAGAUAUUCAGGUGAGAAACUAUGUAGAUACAGUAACUUAUUGGGAAAUUUUGUUUGAAAAUUGGUAGAUCAAAAGUAUAGUUCUUCAGCUUCAGGGAAACAUACGUGAAAUUUUUUGGAACAUUCUGUGCUACAGUAAUCCAAAAAUUGUAUGAUUCUUAAAUUCAGAAAAUUUACACGACAUGUAAUUUACUACUGAAUCCUCUAGACUUCAAAAUUUUCUGGUUGAUCAAAAACAAAUUUCUCUAAACCUUGUUUUUCGUUGAACUUUGUCGAUCUAGCCUCAAAGAUCAUGUGGCUACAGUAACCCAAAAAUUGUGCAUUAGAGCGCUUUUUCUUGUUUUUUGAGGGAAACUUGAAUUUUUUCUGAAAUUGGAACUUCAAAGGAACAUCUCAUCACUACAGUAACCCAGAAUUUCCUAAUUAUCUCUUGAUCUACAAGUUUAAAAUUCCUGAAUUCAGAAAAUUCACCUACAUUCAGAAUUAAACUUAAUAUUAAAAAAAACAUAAUUUAAAAAUAUAUAAUUAAAGUUUCUAGGAACAAUUUGAUUUGGGAGGCGGUGCAGCAGUUUGGGGCUACAUUCGAAGCGAGAAAUAUAAAUAUUUGGCAUCUCGCCAAGAACCAUCUUCAACUCCAGUUCCACCAAAACGCAAUAAAGACAAGAAGAUCUCGAGAAAAGGAAUUCAACAAGCCUAG